AUGGAGAGUGUUGUUCAGCUCGUCAUACAAAAGCUGAACGAUUUUCUAGCACAGGAAGCAUAUUUCCUGCUCGGAGUAGAUGAUCAGGUCAGAUCCCUUGGAACCAAACUUGAAUGGAUGCAUGCCUUCCUCAAAGACGUUGAUGGGAAGAGCAAAGAGAAUGAACUAGUUAAGCUUUGGGUGGCCCAAAUAAGAGAAGUAGCCUACGAUGCUGAGGACAUCAUCGACUAUUACAUCUUUAAAAUUCAACAAGAACGAAGAGAUAGAAGUGCUGGAUCGAUUAGAUGCCUAAGAAUUUUUAAGAGUUGUAAAGCAUUGAUCUGUUGGAUUGAUGAGAUUGUCCUACAAAUGCUGGAUUUUAUAAAAAACAUACCAGCCAUCCACGAUGUUGGAAAGAAGAUCCGCAAUCUAGAAAGCAGGCUAGAUGAGAUCAAGGAGAACAGAUCACAGUACGGCGUAGGCAAUAUAUCGGUUGGUGAAGAAGCUUCACCUUCUUUGAAUCGAAUCCCGAUGCAGAGGGAGAAGAGGGCUCCCAUCGUCGAGGAAGCCGAUGUGGUCGGCAUUCAAGACGAGGCAAAGACAUUGGUGGGGCGGCUGAUUGAAGGAGAAGCACGGCGUUCUGUCAUUUCAAUCACUGGGAUGGGAGGAAUAGGUAAGACUACUCUUGCUAAGAAAGUUUACAAGAGCCUCGAUAUAAAGAACGGAUUUGAUUUUCAUGCUUGGGUGUUUGUGUCUCAAGAACAUCGAGUGCGAGAGAUUUUACUGAGUAUUAUAAAAUACUUUAGAACGCUGGGACGAGAUGAAAGGGAGACAACGCCUGAGGAAGACUUGCGGCAAGAGCUCUCUGAACACUUAGAAGGGAAGAGAUAUCUGGUGGUAAUCGAUGAUAUAUGGACAAGACAGGCUUGGGACGAUUUGGUCUCAGCAUUACCAGAUGGGGAAAUGGGCAGCAGGGUGCUACUCACCACUCGCAAUGAAGAAAUAGCUAGGUAUGUAGAUGCACAAAGCAUGCCCCAUCAAAUACGUUUACUUGAUGAAAGUGAGAGCUGGGCAUUGUUUUGUAAAAAAGCAUUUCCUGGAAAGCUUGCUCCUCCAUGCCCUCCAAAUCUAGAGGAGUUGGGUAGAAAGAUCGCUGGGAGAUGUGGAGGUCUACCUCUAGCAAUCACAGUAUUAGGAGGUGUCCUAUCAAGGAAACAAAAGUCAGUGACUGAGUGGGCGAAAGUGCUUCAAAGCGUCGAAUGGUGGCUAAAUGAAAGUGAAGAUCGUAUCUCGGGCGUAUUGGCCCUGAGCUACCAUGACUUGCCCUAUUAUUUGAAACCCUGCUUUAUUUAUUUUGGAGCUUUCCCUGAAGACUCUGAAAUUGAAGCAGAUGAAUUGAUUUUGAUGUGGAUAGCAGAAGGAUUUGUACAGCGAAGAGGAGGAGAAGAAGUGGAGGAUGUUGCUGAGGAUUACCUGGAAGAGCUCCUCAACAGAAGCAUGAUUCAGGUGGUGAAAAGGAAGAGCAAUGGAACAGCUGAAAAAUGCCGUAUUCAUGAUCUUCUUCGGGACCUCUCAAUAUCAAAAGCCAAAGAGGAGAGAUUUCUGGACGCAUAUGGGAAUAUAGCACCUACAUCACCGACCAUGGCCCGCCGACUUGCAAUAACUACUCAUGGUGGCAUCGGUGAUUCCGUCUCCCUUAACAGCUCCACUCUACACCUCCGCUCUUUGUUGUACUUCGGUGGAUUGAGAGAAUGGCUGGAAGAAGCGCAGUUGAAAAUCCUCCUGGGAGCUUUCAAAUUGCUUAGGGUGAUGGAUCUCAGAUAUGUAAGCCUCUAUAAUAUCCCCGAUGAAAUUGGGUCUCUAAUCCACUUGAGGUACCUGUGUCUCUUGGAGACCUAUUUAAAAACGCUACCAUCCACCAUAACCUGCCUCUCCAAUUUACAAACUCUCGAUCUACGAGGUACACUUAUCUCCAUGCUACCAGGUGAUCUUUGGAAGAUGGAACAGCUACGUCACAUAUUGCUUCUUCGGCCAAUUGCAAUCAGCAAUGGCACCCCACUCCGUCACUUGAGCAAUCUCCAGACACUGUCAAAAGUAGAGGGAGGCAGUUGGAUAGAAGAUGAGUUGGAGAAACUGACCAACUUGAGAGAAUUGGGAAUAGAAAGAGAUCUCAAAAUGGCAUUAUCCCCUUCCAUUUGAAAAUUGGAAAGCCUCAGAUCAUUGUGGCUACAGGCAAGUCCAGGAUGCUCGAUUCCAGCUUUCGUGUCCUUCUCAAAUCAUCAACAUCUAUAUAAGAUGGAUUUGAAUGGAAGGUUGGAGAAAUUUCUGGACCUGCAUGAAUUCCCACCUAACCUCACUGAGCUAUACUUGAAGGUGUCCCAAUUAGGGCGAGACCCAAUGGGAACGCUAGAGAGGCUGCUGAACCUUCGAAUUCUCAAAUUAGAAGAGGACGCUUACAUGGGAAAGGAAAUGGUUUGCUCUGUUGGAGGGUUUCCGAUGCUUGAUGUUUUGAAUAUCGAAUUGGGCGAAUUAGAGGAAUGGACAGUGGAGGAAGGAGCGUUGCCGAAUCUUAGAUUUUUAGAGAUUAAUAGCUGCGAUGGAUUGAAGAUGCUUCCUGAUGGAUUGCAACAUGUGACCACCCUACAAGAAAUGCAGUUAGCAUUCAUGUCGGAAGAAUUCAAAGAAAGGGUGAGAGAGAACGAGGGAGAGGACUGGUUUAAGAUCAGACAAAUACCCUCUCUUACCUUCUUCGAUUGAAACAUUCUUCACCUUGGUGUAACUCGCUCUCUCUCUGGCAAUGCCUUCUCUUACCUUCUACGACCGGUUGAUUUAGCGGGAAUUUUAUCCACGGUUCUUCUCCGGCUUAGCCAAGGAGUUCUGCUUGCCCUUCUCCAGCAGAUCGCCUGCGAUCUUGCCAACGAGAUGCCCCGGAAGCUGGAGUGGAUGAGGGAUGUAGCUGUUGCCAUUAAUCCGGUGGACCCAAUGAUCGCGAUGCAUGUCCGGCCCAUCUUUGAGCAGGUUUAUCAGAUACUAGGCCACCAGCGGUAGCGGAAGCAAACAGCAUCCGCCUAGUCAUGCAUGUCAUCGAUUCGGUAUUGAUGAGUAGUUGUAAAUGACCAUUGUCCCUCUCUCUCAGUUGUGCAGAAUUGUAUGGACUUGGUGAUGGUAGGAAAAAAGCUUGUUUGUAUAGAGAAGUAGACUCCUCAGCAAAAGUGCCACUGCUGAGGGUCUCUGUGUUGAUUAUGUAAAGCGCAAGAAUUUGAGAAUAAUUUUCAUUUUUUUUUUUCCUUCACCGAAAGUUCCAGGAAAACUAGGGUUUUGGUUUUCUUUUUUAGGUUCAGUUGGACUGUUAUUUUGAAUUAGUAUUUAGUGAAAUUGUGGCCUCAAAUUCUCAAUAUCCAGAUCUCCUCUGCUUUCUUAUUCUUCUCCUCUUUUU